CAGUGUCAAUAACUGGGUCUUUUACAUUUUAUUGUAAGUAAUAUUCACAUUAUUAAAAUUGAAAAAAAAAUAUUAGAAUAACAAUUCAUAUAUUCGUUUCAAAUAUAAGAUCUACAGAAUAGAGAAGAAAAAUUUUUCUUUUCUCAAUAUUAUAUUGAAGUGAAAAAUUCUAUAAAGAAAAUACCACAGGAUAAUUGAAUCCAUUACAAUAGCUCAGUAAGAGGGGAUUGCUCAUAAUAUAACAAGUGAUUAAUCAAAUGACGACGACGAGUACGAUGUUACUUGACGUUGAACAUUGAUAUUUAACACUUGUAAAGCUUCGUAUUACUCUAUUACAUAUUUGUGCGUACUAAGACUGCAAUGGCAGUCGUAGAUUCUCAGUUUGUUUUUUUUAUUUAAAGUGUUUAUUAUUUUACAUUCAAUAAUUAUUGUCAUAAUAAUUAUAAUCUUAGUUUUUAAUAAAUUUACGUGAUAAUGUCUAGUUUAAAAUGGUUCUGCAUUUGCACAAUAAUUUUUGUGAAAAUUAUUGUGGGUAGCAGUAAAAUCGAUCCAGUAGACAGAGGGUAUAUAUUUACUGCGCCAAAAAAAAUACUGGCAGGUGAAACUGAGAGCGGGUGCUUGUCACUUCACAAUCUAGAACCGCCAGCUCACGUUCUUCUGGAGCUAAUUUCUCCAGCGGCAGCUUCGACGUCCACGACGACUGUCACCGAUGAAGAAAUAUUAGCGAGUACCAGUACGCUGCUCGAAACUGGUAGUGAAACAUGUUUGGAACUAUCGAUACCAGAUCGAGCGCAGAUGACCUACUCGAUGGCGAGACUGAGACUGAAAAUACGUUUUGAUAAAUACCCAGAGUAUCAUGUCAACACGGAAAAAGAUGUUUUUAUUGAGUAUGAUUCAUCGAUUGUGUUUGUCGAGACUGAUAAGCCUAUAUACAAGCCUGGACAAGAUGUUAAUAUUAGGCUACUUGCUUUAACUCAUGAUUUAAAACCAUGGAAAAGACCGAUUCCAAAAGUAUGGAUAGAGAACCCAGCAGAGGUUCGCGUAGCACAAUGGACAAACCUAAACACCGACCGCGGGAUAGUCCAGCUCCAAUUCCCACUUUCUCCCGACCCAAACCUGGGUAGCUGGCGCAUCAAAGUCGAGAAGAAAAAAUCCCACCCUCACUUGAUCCACACGACGACCUUCGACGUAAAAAAGUACGUUCUCCCCAAGUUCCAAGUGACCAUCACCGGCCCUGGAUACAUCUUAGCCGACGCGGACAACGCGACCUGGACGAUCUGCGCCAGAUACACCUACGGCGAGCCAGUCCGCGGCACCCUUAGAAUAAAAUGCACCCCGCAGAUUCCCAGCUGGCGCCGCGGUAAAUACAACUUCCCCGCGAUAAACUACGAGACCCGAAUAGACACCCGCGACGGCUGCACCGGACCUUUCACAGUCUCCAGUUCCGAGAUGGGCCUACCCGACUGGGAAGUAGCCCCCAACAGCAUAAUCUUCACCGCGAAUCUCACCCAAGACGGGACCGAGACCAUCGAGACCGCGACCAGCCGCGUAGUGGUGAUGCACCAAGCUCUAAAACUCGAGUUCCUCCCCCACACUCCCAAGUACUUCAAACUCGGCCUUCCCUACCACGGAAAACUCCGCGUACUUCGCCCGGACGGCGAGACCCCAGCAGCUGGCGAAAAAAUCCAGCUUUGCCUCCGUGUACGCGGCAAAGACGACUGGUGGACUCGUGUGGUAGUAGAAUGCAAGAACUUCACUUCCUCAGCAAUGGGCUUUGUGAAUUUCAUCGUGCCUCCCCAACACAAGCACAUCGUCCUCUUGAACUUCGUAGCCACUGGAAUUGAAUACCCAACCAAGUAUUACUCUCCGGACAAACGCUGGCGCGUAUUUAUGGACCAGCCAGCGGCUUACAUAGACGUUGGAGCCUGGUACUCUCCCUCUGAGAGCUACCUAGCAGUGGCUCGAGGUGACCAGCCUAUAGUCUGUGGAGAAAAGUACCCCUUCAACGUGAUGUACACCCUAGACCCCGCUGCUACUAAUGAAUCUCUAGCCUUUCACUAUUCCAUAAACUCCAAAGGCGACUUGCUAAUAUUCGGUCACGUUAAACACAAGCCCCACAAAGAUUCCGUUUUAAAUUACGCUGAAUUUAAGAACGUCCUUGGUAGAGGCUCCGCUGAUGCAACUAAUGGUCGCAGUGAAGUCCCCAAGAACAAUAUUGUCCAUAGAUUCCCUCUUAGUGUUAAAGUAACUCCGUCUAUGGCGCCAAUCUCUGAACUUCUUUUAUAUUACGUAAGACCUGACGGAGAGACAGUGGCCACAACUUAUACUAUAGAAGUUAACGGUGGAGAAACUUGCUUCGAGAACCGCGUCAAGACCACUUGGCUCGAUUCUGCAAGCUCUGAGGAUAUAAAACGCGCACCUGGUGAAUUAGUGCGCUACAAUAUCGAAGCAGCGCCCUGGUCGCUUUGCGGAGUCUCCGUCGUUGAUUCUUCAACGAACUUCCUCGCGAGACGUGACUCUAAAAAGAGCAAUUUGAUUGACGCGGACGGAGCCUUUGACCAGACUAAAAAGUUCCAUUUUAAUCGAGGAGAUACUCCCGCGUUGUAUCAAAGUGUUUGGAGUCAUUGCAAAAAGACAACUCAGCCCCCGGAGACUUCUAUUGAUGAAAUAGACCACUUGCCUUCUCCAGCAGUGGAAGCUCCUCCGGUCUGGGACCAUGGAACCGCUAGAACUUGGCAAAGCGGGUUUGACCGCAGCAAAUCUUCAAGAACUGGACGGAGUAGUGGAAUUAGUUUGAACGGAGUUGUUAAUUAUGUCGAUGCGAUGCAAGCUUUUGAUGACUUUGGGGUGAUAGUAAUGAGCGACUUGAUUCUAGAGUCUAGACCGUGUCCGCAGAAUAGUCAGUGGUGGUCGAUGAACCCGCUGGAGAGCAUUGAGAUGGGCCAUCGCAGUAUGGACGAUCCUGAUCGGAUCUGGGGGAAUAUGAAAAUGCCCCAAGCGUUUCCGCUUUUGAACUUCGGAGUCAUAGAGCCAACUUUAACUGGAAGCAGCGCUGAUGUGGGGUACAUUGAUCAGCUACCUGGAGCUUCUCCGAGGUCGUAUUUUCCCGAAACUUGGCUUUGGGAGCUGGUCACUACCGGCAAAGACGGCAAAGCGGUGAUAAAACGCACCUUGCCGGAUACAAUUACCAAUUGGAUGGCGCAUACAAUUUGCAUUUCUUCGAGCUACGGGCUAGGAAUAGCUCCGGUGACUAAGCUUACAGCUUUUCAGCCCUUCUUCCUAGACUACAGUCUUCCUUACAGCGUCAAACGCGGGGAAGUACUGAGAAUGAAGGUAUCCUUGUUCAAUUAUAUGCAGUACAAUUUGCCGGUUAAAAUCCACCUUGUAGAAGCUCCAGGGUUUGAAUUGCAAGCACCCAGUGUCCCAAUUGCAGAAUAUUGUGUCCCUGCGAGGAAGAGUAUCGUCCAUGAAUUUACGCUCAAGCCACAGGUUAUUGGUAAUGUUAACAUAACCGUUUCAGCGGCGGUUGAUUUAUCUUCAAACCAGUCUUGCAGCGCCUCUGUUAAUGAUAAGAAACUCAGUACUGAUAUCUUCACCCAGGACACUAUUAUCAAGCCAAUUCUUGUACUUCCAGAAGGAUUUCCUAUCGAGACAACCAGAUCAGCUUUUGUUUGCCCAAAAGACUUUAAUGACGACUCUAGUAUCACUUGGAAUUUGAGCCUACCAGUUGAAACUGAUAACUUCAUCGCUGAUAGUGCUCGAGCAUACGUUUCGCUAAUUGGAGAUCUUUUGGGACCAGCUCUAGAAAAUUUAGACAACCUUGUUCGACUGCCUUUUGGUUGCGGAGAGCAAAAUUUGAUCCUAUUUGUUCCAAAUAUUCACGUGAUUAAUUACCUAGACGCUACUUCUAGCCGUAGAGUUGACGGUCAGGUUACUCAGUCGGAAAAUCCGCAGCUAAGGCAGAAAGCCAUUCGCAAUAUGGAGAAAGGUUACCAACGAGAGCUGACUUACCGACACUCUGAUGGCUCUUAUUCAGCCUUUGGGCCUCAAAGUUCUGAGAACGAAGUUGGAGGUUCCAUGUGGCUCACAGCGUUCGUUGUUAAAUCUUACGCGCAAGCGCGAAGAUACAUCCACAUUGACGACAGAGAUUUAAAGCUUUCCGUAAAGUGGAUUUACAGGAAACAACUUGAGAACGGAUGCUUUCCGGUGAUUGGAAGAAUAUUCCACAAAGAUAUGAAAGGAGGAUUGCAAGACGACAGUGAUAGCAGUGAUUACACUGCAGCUUUAACUGCUUACGUCCUAGUAGCUUUAGUAGAAAGUGGAUCUUCUGGGAGCAAAAAUUCAUUACCUUCUUCAGUUAUCGAUAACGCGGUAAAUUGUCUGGAGAAGGUUAUGUCUAAAAGCUUCAAAGAAGAUGGCGACUUGUACAUGCUAUCAGUUGGAACUUAUGCGCUAGCUCUUUUGGAACAUCCUACGGCGAAUAAAAGUAUGAGUUUACUUCUAGACCGCGCGACGAGGCUCCACGAUUUAAUCUGGUGGGAAGAUAAAACAAAGACUUCUUCCCGAGGGCUUAACAUUGAAAUUACAGCUUACGCGGUGCUUAGUCUCAUAAAAGUUGGCGGUGACGACAAAAUGGCGCUGGCUCAUCGUGCAAUUCGCUGGAUGGCCAAGCAAAGAAACGCAGAGGGGGGAUUUACUUCCACACAAGACACAGUUAUUGGUUUAGAAGCUUUAGCAAAGUACGCUACCGCCAUGGCGGUUACUAACGCAACUACCGACCUGUCUAUAUUAGUAACUGCAGGAGAUGUUGAUAGAAUAAUCAGAAUGCACGAUGAAAAUCGUCGAGUUUUAGUUCAAAUUCCCCUCCCGGUGUUUCCUACUUUAGUAGAAGCUUUUGUAGAGGGCGAAGGUUGCGUUUUAGUACAGACUAACCUAAAAUAUAACGUGGCUCACGUUACAGGCUCGCAAGCGUUUGAUUUGUCGGUAACUACCAAGCCAGUUGGCUCUAGCAGCGACGAGUGUUCAAUGCAAAAAAUAAACUUGUGCGCGCGUUACAAAAUGGCCGAUGAAGAAAGCAACAUGGCGCUUUUAGAAAUUAAAAUGAUAAGCGGUUACUCUGCGGAUAAAACUACUCUUCACGCUUUGCUAGAGGACUCUCCAGUAACUCGCGUUGAAAGAUUCGAUGAGGAGCCCGACGGAUCUAUAAGUAUUUAUUUUGAUAAACUUACCGCUGAGACGACUUGCAUUUCUUUUCUUGCAUGGCGGGAAAACAUUGUCGAUAAAACAGAGCCGGCUAAUAUUAAACUCUAUGAUUAUUACCGACAAGAGUUAAUGAUUACUCAGAAUUAUAAUUUUAUUUGCUGUACUUGUGAUGCUGAUGAUAAUAGCCAGUUAGAGCUAGAGCCACUUAGUCCAGUGAAAGCUGAAUUAAAAGACCUCCCGGUUAAUAUGUUGGUUAAAAAAUCUGAAAAAAGAACUGGAGUUAUUCCAACAGCUGACUCUUUACAGGAUAUUGAGAGACACAGUAAAGUUAUUGCAGAUGGUCAGCUGUUGGUUGAAAAUAAACAGUAUCUUGAUCAAGAUCCGGAUUUUAUGAUUGUUAAGGUUAAUAAUGACAUUACCGAUAAACCUAAGAAGAGUUUAGCAACGCCAUCUGCAACUAUGGGAACAGUGGCGCCUCGUUCGACCAAUGAAGAUAAUAAAAAUGAUAUUGAAGGCAGUGGGAGUGGUAAUCUAAAAGAAAUGCAAGUAGAACAAGAAUUAGAGCUUGAAUCGUCUUACAAUAAACCUUUGUCAUCAUUUAUUGUCAUUGAUCAUGAAUUAGAUACACCAGACGGCAUCGAAGGACCGCCGCCAGUUUAUAUUAAACCCUCGUUUGACAUUAAUUAUAAUGAAACAGAUUUAACCUCUAAUAUACGUAUUGGCAGUGUUUUUAAUAAUAAUAAUAAUGAUAGUAAUAAUAAUAUUAUUAAUGAUAAUAUUAAUAAUAACAGCUUGUCGCAGCCGACAGACGUCAAUUUUAAUAACACUGACAGCAAGUGUCCAGUUUGUGGUGACAAAUUGCCGACUAAUAUUGAUGAUAUUUACUGCAACGCUGGUAGUGUUAUUAAAGUCGCGGUGCGACGUCUUCGCAGGGCGAGACUUUUGUUGGAUAUGAUUGAUAAUCAACAGCCGAAGCGACUUCGCGCGACGGUUAAUUUGGUACUGGAUGAUUCGAGAUGCAAGUGCUCGCCGAUUGACAAGCCGGGAAGUCUUGCGCUUAUGAUCUUUAAUGCGGCUAAAGAUACGACGAUGCUGAUUAACAGUUCUGGUGAUGAGAGUAAAAAUUAUAGGCUGGAUGGAAUGGUCUCGGUUUACACAUUACCGAUGUCUAGUGUAGGUGGUGCUUCUUUUGAGAUUAUUAAAGCUCGGUCUUCUUGUCCUAGAGCUGUGACUGCGUAAUUUUAGAUGGCGACAAGUUUUUUUUUUACCAAGGACAAAAUAACCGGUACACUCGACUCUCGAUAGUUUGAAACUCAAGGGACUGGAGAUUAUUAAUUUUAAAUUGAGAGUUUGAAAUAAUAAUUAAUUAUUUUUAUGACACUGAGGUUAGCAGACGUCUAAAAAUUUUUAAUUUGUUUUUUAAUUAAAUUACAACUAAAAAGAUAUUUUUAAGAAAUUGCACUUAUAGUUUUUUAAGUUUUUAA